AUGGACCUGGGGUACUUUGCUCUCGCCUUUCCGCCGGGGCUGUGCCCGCAGGUCCCGUGCCCCCAACGAGGGGACGACGCGUUCCUGGCGCUGGGCACCCCGGGCGGCGCCGCGCCCGCCCCGCCGGCGCUGGGCCCCGGCUGCCGGCCGUCCCGGGCAACCGGACCGCCGGGCUCCGCUCCGUCCGUCCUCCCCGGGAGCGGCCGCCCGCCGGCGCCGGACCCCGCCCGCCGCUGCCCCUGCCUCGGCGCUGGGGCCGGGGGGCAGCGGCACCUCUCGCCCUGCCCCGGGGCCGCCCCCGGCUCCCCGGCUCCCGCAGCGGCCCCGACGGCGCCCCGCACCUUCGAGUGGAUGCGAGCGAAGCGGAGCCCGUCCGGGACAAGCGGUGCGGCGCCGUGCGGGGCAGAACCUUCCGCCUGCUCCGCACGCACCAGCUUCAGCACCCGGCAGCUCACGGAGCUGGAGAAGGAGUUUCACUUCAGCCGGUACCUGUCGCGGGCCCGCCGCCUCGAGGUGGCCCGUUCGCUGCGCCUCCGCGACGCCCAGGUCAAGGUCUGGUUCCAGAACCGCCGCAUGAAGCAGAAGAAGCGGGAGCGGGACGCGCUGGCCGCCGCCGCGCCCGCGGGGGUCCCGGGGGGCCCCGCCUGA